AACGUGUUCAGUGAAUAUGUGUCGAUGGAGGAAAACUGAAAGCUGAAGCAAGCCUGAUGGAAGUCCAGAAGAUGGAAGAAGAGGAGGACAUCUGUCUGUCUAAGAAGAGCGACAAUUCUAAAGAUAUAAUUCCAGACUUCAGCGAAGAACCUGGACCCUCAGACACAAAAGGUCAGUACCACAGACAGAGAGCAGAGUCUCCAGUAUCCAGCUGUGAGUCUAUGAAGAGUGAUUGGUCUAAAGAACGUUCUCCAGACUUCAGUGAAGAACCUGGACCCUCAAACGCAAAAGGUCAGUACCACGGAGCAGAGUCCACAGUAUCCAGCUGUCUGUCUAUGAAGAGUGACUGGUCUAAAGAACGUCCUCCAGACUUCAGUGAAGAACCUGGGCCCUCAGACACAAAAGAAAGGAAGGAUCCAGUCUCCAGCAGCUGUGGACACUGGUUCUGUAAACAGUACAUCACCCCAUACUGGGACCAGUCAUCUUCAUCAGGACACUCCUCCUUUCCCCAGUGUGGUCAAAGAUCCAGAACAACUGAUGUUAGUCUGCGGGAUGUUUUAGAUGAACAUAAGAUUGGUCUGAGGAUCAGAUGUGAACAUGUGACUGAAGGAACUGAUGUAAAAGGAAGAGGAACCCUCCUCAACAGGAUCUACACUGAGCUCUACAUCACAGAGGGACAGAGUGAAGAGGUUAAUACCCAACAUGAGGUGAAGCAGCUUGAGACAGCUUCCAAAAUGAAGGCCCUCCAUGACAUUCCAAUCAAGUGCCACAACAUCUUUAAAGCCUUACCUGACCAACAGAAACACAUCAGACUGGUUCUGACUAAUGGUGUCGCUGGCGUUGGAAAAACCUUCUCAGUGCAGAAGUUCACUCUGGACUGGGCAGAGGGUUUGGAAAACCAAGAUGUCAGUGUGGUGAUUGUGCUUUCGUUCAGGGAGCUGAACUUGAUCAAAGAUGAGCAGUACAGUCUUCUCAGGCUGCUCCAUGUUUUCCAUCCAACGUUACAGAAGGUCACAGCAGAGCAGCUGGCUGUCUGUAAACUUUUGUUCAUCUUUGACGGCUUGGAUGAAAGCAGACUUCCACUGGACUUCAACAACAGUGAGGUUGUGUCUGAUGUCACACAGAAGGCAUCAGUCAGCGUGCUGCUGACAAACCUCAUCAAGGGGAACCUGCUUCCCUCUGCUCUGGUCUGGAUCACUUCCAGACCUGCAGUAGCCAGUCAGAUCCCUCCUAUAUGUGUCGACAGGGUAACAGAAGUACGAGGCUUCACUGACGCCCAGAAGGAGGAGUACUUCAGGAGGAGGUUCAGUGAUGAAGAGCUGUCCAGCAGAAUCAUCUCCCACAUCAAGACCUCCAGGAGCCUCCACAUCCUGUGUGCAAUCCCAGCCUUCUGCUGGAUCACUGCUACAGUUCUGGAGCACAUGUUGACUACAGAGCAGAGAGGAGAGCUGCCCAAGACCCUGACUGACAUGUACUCACACUUUGUGAUGGUUCAGACGAAGAGGAAGAAGAACAAGUAUCAAAAGGGACAUGAGACGAGUCCACAGGAGCUGAUGGAGGCUGACAGGGAAGUUCUUCUGAAGCUGGGGAGGCUGGCAUUUGAAGAACUGGAGAAAGUAAACAUCAUGUUCUACCAAGAAGACCUGGAGCGCUGUGGUCUGGAUGUGACAGAGGCCUCAGUGCACUCAGGAGUUUGUACAGAGAUCUUCAGAAGAGAGAGUGUGAUCUUCCAGAAAUCAGUCUACUGCUUUGUUCAUCUGAGUGUUCAGGAGUUUCUGGCUGCAGUCUACAUGUUCCACUGUUACACCAACAGGAAUACAAAGGCACUGAUGGACUUCCUUGGGAAAGACCUCCAGUAUCCCAAUAAAUCUCUUGAUGACUUCCUGUAUGGAGCCAUGAAGAAAUCCCUGCAGAUUAAAAGUGGUCACCUUGACCUGUUUGUUCGCUUCCUUCAUGGCCUCUCUCAGGAGUCCAACCAGAGACUCUUAGGAGGUCUGCUGGGUCAGACGAAAAACAGUCCAGAAAUGAUCCAAAGAACCAUCAACAAGCUGAAGGAGAUGAACACUGGCAAAAUCUCUCCUGACAGAAGCAUCAACAUCUUCCACUGUCUGAUGGAGAUGAACGACCACUCAGUUCACCAGGAGAUCCAAGAGUUCCUGAAGUCAGAGAACAGAUCAGAGAAGAAACUCUCUGUGAUCCACUGCUCAGCUCUGGCCUACAUGCUGCAGAUGUCAGAGGAGGUUCUGGAUGAGUUGGACCUGGAGAAGUACAACACAUCAGAGGAGGGAAGACGGAGACUGAUCCCAGCUGUGAGGAACUGCAGAAAGGCUCGACUUUCUGGAUGUGGAUUCUCAGAGAAUCACUGUGAAAUUGUUGCCUCAGCUUUGAAGUCCAAGCCUUCCUAUCUGACAGAGCUGGACCUGAGUAUGAAUAAUCUGCAGGAUUCAGGAGUGAAACUGCUGUCUGCUGGACUGGAGAGUCCACAUUGUAGACUGGAGACUCUGAGAUUGAAUGGCUGCAGAUUUGGCUGCUCCACAGAAUCAAAGAUCAGCUUUGAUUCUCUGGUCUCAGCCCUGAAGUCCAACUCCUCCCAUCUGAAAUAUCUGGAUGUGAGUAGGAACAAGCUGCAGGAUUCAGGAGUGAAGCAGCUGAGUGAUCUUCUGGAGAGUCCACUCUGUAGACUGGAGACUCUGAGACUGACUGACUGCAGUUUAUCAGAGAUCAGCUGUGAUUCUCUGGUCUCAGCUCUGAAGUCCAACCCCUCCCAUCUCAAACAUCUGGACCCGAGUAACAACAAACUUCAUGUUUCAGUAGUGAAUCAGCUGUGUGGUUUUCUGGAGAGUCCACUCUGUAGACUGGAGACUCUAAGACUGACUGGCUGCAGUUUGUCAGAGAUCAGCUGUGAUUCUCUGGUCUCAGCUCUGAAGUCCAACCCCUCCCACCUGAAACACCUAGACCUGAGUAACAACAUCCUGCAGGAUUUAGGAAAGACUCAGCUGUGUGGUUUUCUGGAGAAUCCACUCUCUAGACUGGAGUCUCUGAGAACCGGUGACAAAGGGCCGCCCUGGAGGAGUUCAACCCUCACUGGGAACGAGUCUGACUUACAACCGGCUACACGGACCAAACUCGUGCUCCUUUGGCCGUCCACCCCAUACAACCGGUGCACCCACCACAGGAUGUCCCUGGGGACACAAUAGUAGGCCUUCUCCAAAUCCACAAAACCCAUGUGAACAGGUUGGGCAAACUCUCAUUUGCCCUCCAGCGGGGUUAAGAGCUGGCCCAUGGUUCCAUGCCGGAAUGAAAACCACAUUGUCCCUCCUCGAUUUGCAUAGAGUGAGGAGUGUGAUCCCCCUAUAGUUGGAACACACUUUCUUAAAGCUGGAGACCACCCAGAUAGAUACCCAGAGUGGAUCUUAUUCUCUCAUGGAGCUCUGCCACCAAGGUUCUGUUUCACCACCUCAACAACUUCUGCCCCAGAGACUGGAAGGCCCAACCCCAGGCCUUCUGGCUCUAUUUCCUCUGAGGAAAUCAUAUUGGUGAGAUUAAGUAGUUCAGAUCAGGCAGGCCGUUCCUCCAAAUCACGCCCCUCCAGGUCACUCUGACAUUGCCCAUGUGAGUGUUGAAGUCCCCUAGAAGGGCAAUGGAGUCCCCAGUCGGGGCGCAAUCCAUCAUCUUACCUAGGGCCUCCAAAACGGGUGGGUACUCUGAACUGCUGUUUGGCACAACAGCAUCAGGACCCAUUCCCCUACCCAAAGGCACAGGGAUGCAACCCUUUCAUCCACCCUCCUUCUUACAGUGUUUCUUCAACACAUUUUCAUAGUUUCAAGUUUGUGACUGUUCUAUUGGUGUAUUAGCUCCUCAAACUAUUCCUUACAUCGCCGGGCAACAGCAGCAGGUAACGUCAGCCGCUCCCCGUCCCCACUGAAAAAGUUGUGGGCGAGUUGCCGCCUGACAACCCUGAGGUGCCAGGUGGCUUGCCAGAACCUCUUUGGAACUGAUCAGUAGUGCACGAGCCCCAGGCCUGGCUCCUGGGUGGGCCCCGGUAGCCCUCUGUUCUCACGUUUAUACUAGUCAUUCAGGAUCUUCUGAACCGUUCUUUGUCUGACCCUUCACCUAGGAGCUAUCUGCCUUGGAAGACCCUACCAGGGGCAAAAUUCCCCAGACAGCAUAGCCCCUAGUGUCAUUAGGGCGCUCAAACUUCUCCACCAUGGUGAGAUGACAGUUCAAGGAGGAGAAACACACAGUGUAUCUUUUUCAUAAUAAAAUGUCACUGUUUAGAAGAGGAAGAUUCAAGCUCUCCAGACUGUUUUGAUUGACAUUUUCUCAGCACUUUUCAGGACAACAUUUACGAGGAUUCAGACCUGGAAAACAAAGAUACCCUGAAAACAUGUUAA